AUGUUUUUUGGUCUUGUUGUUGAUGGGCCUGUAGUUGCUUCAGCUGAUAUACUUGCUGUUGUUGCUGCUGUUGUUGCUGCUGGUAUACUUGCGGUUGUUACUGCUGGUAUGCUUGUGGUUGUUACUGCUGGUAUGCUUGCGGUUGUUGCUGCUGGUGUGCUUGCAGUU